GAGCGCGCGCCGGCGGGUCGUCAGCCUCGCUCUGGCUCGCGCCGCGCCUCCGCGCCGAGUCCGCGCGUCAGUCGAUCCCGAGCGCGGCUGCCGGGCGGCGGGCUGCAGCCAGCGGAGCGCGCCGAUCCCGGGAGGCGGCGGUGUCCGCGGGCGUCUAGGGAGGAGGCUCGGAGCCCGGAGAUUCGCGCAGCGCGAUGGCCCCCAUUGGCCUCAAAGCCGUGGUCGGAGAGAAGAUCAUGCAUGAUGUGAUAAAGAAGGUAAAGAAGAAGGGCGAGUGGAAGGUGCUGGUGGUGGAUCAGCUGAGCAUGAGGAUGCUGUCUUCCUGCUGUAAGAUGACCGACAUCAUGACCGAGGGCAUCACGAUUGUGGAAGACAUCAACAAACGCAGAGAGCCGCUCCCCAGCCUGGAGGCCGUGUACCUUAUCACGCCCUCUGAGAAGUCGGUCCACUCUCUCAUCAGCGACUUUAAGGACCCACCGACCGCCAAGUACCGCGCGGCUCAUGUCUUCUUCACCGACUCUUGUCCAGACGCCCUGUUCAACGAGCUGGUAAAAUCGCGAGCCGCCAAAGUCAUCAAAACUCUGACGGAAAUCAACAUAGCCUUUCUCCCGUAUGAGUCCCAGGUGUAUUCCUUGGACUCUGCUGACUCCUUCCAAAGCUUCUACAGUCCCCACAAGGCUCAGAUGAAGAAUCCAAUCCUGGAGCGCCUGGCAGAGCAGAUCGCCACUCUGUGUGCCACCCUGAAGGAGUACCCAGCUGUGCGGUAUCGGGGGGAAUACAAGGACAAUGCUUUGCUGGCUCAGCUAAUCCAGGACAAGCUCGACGCCUACAAAGCGGAUGACCCGACGAUGGGGGAGGGCCCAGACAAGGCACGAUCCCAGCUCCUGAUCCUGGACCGCGGCUUUGAUCCCAGUUCCCCCGUCCUUCAUGAACUGACUUUUCAGGCCAUGAGUUAUGACCUGCUGCCUAUUGAAAACGACGUAUACAAGUACGAAACGAGCGGCAUCGGAGAGGCGCGGGUGAAGGAAGUGCUUCUGGACGAGGAUGACGACCUGUGGAUAGCGCUGCGCCACAAGCACAUCGCGGAGGUGUCCCAGGAGGUCACCCGUUCUCUGAAGGAUUUUUCUUCCAGCAAGAGAAUGAAUACUGGAGAGAAGACCACCAUGCGGGACCUGUCCCAGAUGCUGAAGAAAAUGCCCCAGUACCAGAAGGAGCUCAGCAAGUAUUCGACCCACCUGCACCUGGCAGAGGACUGCAUGAAGCACUACCAAGGCACCGUGGAUAAACUCUGCCGGGUGGAACAGGACCUGGCCAUGGGCACGGAUGCCGAAGGGGAGAAGAUCAAGGACCCCAUGAGAGCCAUCGUCCCCAUUCUGCUGGAUGCCAAUGUCAGCACUUACGACAAGAUCCGCAUCAUCCUUCUCUACAUCUUUUUGAAGAACGGCAUCACGGAGGAGAAUCUGAACAAGCUGAUCCAGCACGCCCAGAUCCCACCAGAGGACAGCGAAAUCAUCACCAACAUGGCGCACCUCGGGGUGCCCAUCGUCACCGACUCCACGCUGCGUCGCAGGAGCAAACUGGAGCGGAAGGAGCGCAUCAGCGAGCAGACCUACCAGCUGUCACGAUGGACCCCGAUCAUCAAAGACAUCAUGGAGGACACGAUUGAAGACAAACUGGAUACCAAGCACUAUCCUUACAUCUCCACCCGCUCCUCGGCCUCCUUCAGCACCACGGCCGUCAGCGCCCGCUAUGGGCACUGGCAUAAGAAUAAGGCCCCAGGGGAGUACCGCAGUGGGCCCCGCCUCAUCAUCUUCAUCCUGGGAGGCGUGAGCCUGAACGAGAUGCGCUGCGCUUACGAGGUGACCCAAGCCAACGGAAAGUGGGAAGUGCUCAUAGGUUCUACUCAUAUUCUCACUCCCACCAAAUUUCUCAUGGACCUGAGACACCCCGACUUCCGGGAGUCCUCUAGGGUAUCUUUUGAGGAUCAGGCUCCAACAAUGGAGUGAGAGCCAAAGAAACAAAGAUCCACGCACAUUCUCACCCCACAGAAACUGCUGGACACGCUGAAGAAACUGAAUAAAACAGAUGAAGAAAUAAGCAGUUAAAAAAAAAUAAGCCGCCCCUCCAAAAACCAACGCACCCCGUCCCCGAAGUGCUCGCAGCCCCGACCGCUGACCGCCUCGGUUACUCUGCCGACGACCCCCGUCCCUCCAUCGCCUCCCCCAGCCCUGCACGCCCGGCCGGCGCUGUCGCCGCUGCGUUCUCGUGUUUGCUGGUGCCCUCUUCUCGUUUGAAACGAAAUCAUGCAUUGUGUUUUUUAAAAAGAGUAUCUUCUAUAUGUAUCCUAGAGAAGCAGUUCGGUUGGAAGAGACACGCUGCCGAUGGGUUUCGGUUGCUGGUUAGGAUGAAUGGACAGCUCCUCCCCGUGAGUCAUGAUUUUAUGACCUUGUACAUAACCCAGCGUGACGUGUGUAAAUUGCUUGCGUCCGGAAAGGUAGCCGGUUGGGUGUUUUUAGAAACCCGUUUGGGGUUGCUCCUGUCCUUCCCGGGAAUCACAGCGACGCCCGUUGGAGUAUUUCAAACUGAGGAGUCCUCUGUCGUCCCAGCCCAGUCCCCACCCCUCGGUGCUGGCUCUCAUCCAGAUAAGCUUGGGAGUGACACUCAGCUGACAACGCGUGAGGUUGGAGCUUUCCCCAGGGGCUCGUUCCCCUGGGUGCGGGGUGGGGGCUGGAGGUGUCCACGGAAAGGCAGGCUGGGUGCUGGGUGCGGGUUGGCACGCGGUCUCUGUCACUGUGCCCGGAUGAGUGACGAGCAAGCGCCCCCUGAGGACCUGGGUCUCUUGGAGAAGCAGUGAGACCUGGUCCUUCUGACCAGAACCCAUCCUUCCCAGGCAUCACCCCCGCACCAGAGCUCCUCUUUCUCCAAGGGGUCAGCCUGGGUAGAGUCCAAAGGGCAGGAAAGGAGUAGAACAAAGUGGGUUCUGCAGGCUCCUGGUGGAGGCCCUUUCCUAUAGAGCACGCUCUGUGCCCCUGAGGCUUCAAACCGCUGGAUUGCUAUGGACCCUGUUCCCACUCAGAUUAUCCUCAGUUUAAGAUACUUCGUAAUUCUUUCAUUUGUGUAGCGUGGGGUCCUAUGUCAUCAUCGUGCUUGUAAGAGAAAAAGGGUCAUUUUAUUCUCUGUAUAAAAACAUAGCUGUAUAAAACUUAGCUCUCAUGCAGAAAUCAAAGACGCAAAUGCAAGAAGGAUGUUUCGGCGUCCUCAGGACUCAGCAGCUCGCUCUCCAGAAGGGAGCGCACUAUUUGUUCUGCUGCUGUUGUCGUGAACUCUAAUGACAGUGGAAGUCACAAAAAUGUCCCUCGCCCCGCUCCCUUGAACUCCCCGCAGACUGUGCGUGUAUUCCUGUCUCGUGCCGUCGUCGUUGCAAACGUGGUGUGUGCUAGUUCCCCGAGGCCCCCCACUUCCCUUUUAGAAUAUGCCCCCCCGACCCCGCCGCCCGCCCCGUUAGAUGCAUCGUGGCGUUCUCUUCUCAAGGCUUUGAAAUCUCCCCUCUGCACUCAGAUUAGUUUUCAGGUCUGUCUCCCUUCUUCCCCGCCCCCCCACCCCGACGAGAUCUUAUUUCCUUCGGACAGACUGUAGGUACCUGCCUUGGUUUGUUUCUUCCCGUUCACUGCUUGUUUUGUCCCCCCGGAUCCUCGACCAAACAAACGAUGCUCAUGCUUCAGGACCUUGUGUGACCAACACGUCAGUUUUCCUUUCUCUGUUAUUUAUAUAAAAAUAAUUUAUCAAAAGGAUAUUUUAAAAAAAAAAAAGCUAGUCUGUCUUGAAACUUGUUUACCUUGAAAAUUAUCAGAAUCUCAGUGUUUGGAAGUAUUGAAGCACAAACUGUAUCAUCUCUGUACCGUUCUGUACUAAAGCACUCAAGUCUAAUAAAUAAAUAAAUCAGCGCCCAUUCGUGGUGUCCAGGGUGA